AUGAACAUUCCGCUUGCUGAAGCUCUAGAACAAAUGCCUCUAUAUGCAAAAUUCCUCAAAGAGCUCAUCAAUAAGAAAAGGAGCUGGAAUGAGAAGGAGACAGUGAUCUUAACCCAAGAAUGUAGUGUAGUGAUCCAAGAAGACAUCCUACCAAAACUCAAAGACCCUGGGAGCUUCUUCUUGCCUUGUACCAUUGGUAACAUAAUCAUUGACAAGGCACUGUGUGAUUUAGGAUCCAGUAUCAAUCUGAUGCCUAUGUCUAUGAUGAGAAGGCUAUGUAUAGAAGAAGUAAAUCCUACACAGAUGUCAUUGGAGCUAGUGGAUAGAUAUCUGGUAAUUCCCAAGAGGGGUGAUUGA